AUGGCUCCGACCGAAAAGAUAAAGCCCGCUGCCCGUGUCGCGGGCAGCAGGCAAGAUGUGUGGACCAUCAUCAAUGAGGCAGCGACUGCAUCACCCAACCAGCCUAUUAUCAAUAUGGGCCAGGGAUUCUUCGGGUACAACCCGCCUAAGUUCAUCCUGGACGCUGCAAAGGAGGCGCUGGAUCGCGUGGAGUGCAACCAGUACUCGCCCACCAAGGGUCGGCCACGGCUCAAGAAGGCCAUCGCCGACGCCUACUCACCGCACUGGGGCAGGAAGCUGAACCCGGACACAGAGGUGACUAUCACGACAGGGGCUAACGAGGGCAUGCUGAGCGCGUUCAUGGCCUUCAUUGAGCCGGGCGAUGAGGUCAUCAUUUUCGAGCCCUUUUUCGACCAGUACAUCAGCAACAUCGAAAUGCCGGGCGGCAAGAUCGUCUACGUGCCCAUGCACCCGCCCAAGGAAGGCGCCACAAAGACAUCCUCUGCUGCGGAGUGGACCAUCGACUUUGGCGAGCUUGAGCGCGCCGUGACGCCCCGAACUAAGAUGAUGGUCAUCAACACGCCGCACAACCCCGUCGGCAAGGUCUUCUCCAAGGCCGAGCUGCAGAGGAUCGCGGACAUUUGCCUCAAGAACAACAUCAUCAUCCUAUCUGACGAGGUCUACGACCGCCUUUACUACACCCCGUUCACGCGAAUCGCAACCCUAUCCCCCGAGGUCGAGAAGAUCACCCUGACUGUCGGCUCGGCUGGCAAGAAUUUCUAUGCCACCGGGUGGCGAGUAGGCUGGUUGAUGGGUCCGGCCGAGCUGAUCCAGUAUGUUUCCGCGGCGCAUACCCGGAUAUGCUACUCCUCGGUGUCACCGCUCCAGGAGGCUUGUGCUAUUGGCUUUGAGAAGGCCGAGGCUGAGGAAUUCUGGGAUGAAUGUGUAAAGGACAUGAAGGGGCGGGUGGACCGAUUCAAUGAGGUGUUUGAGGAGCUGGGACUCCCCUACACGGAGCCCGAGGGCGGCUACUUCGUCAUGGCCAAUUUCUCAAAGGUCAAGCUGCCGGCCGACUACCCGUUCCCGCCACACGUGGCCAGCCGACCGCGCGACUUCCAGCUUGCUUGGUUCCUGAUCCAAGAGGUCGGCGUUGCUGCCAUCCCGCCAACUGAGUUCUACACUGAUGCGAACUGCAAGAUCGUUGAGGACUACCUGCGCUUCGCGGUCUGCAAGCCGGACGAUGUGCUCGAGACGGCGAAGGAGAGGUUGAGGGGCCUGAAGAAAUACAUCCAGGAGUAG